AUGGAAGAGUGGCCAACAAACACUGCACUUCUCGCACUUGCCGGGACUACGGCGUUUGAGGAAACUGUAAAUAUUUUCAAGACAAAAGUGCUGUUCGUUCUUCGGGUUGAUCUGCAGUCGCUCAGACCAGCUUACGAACAUCCGGCGUUCGGGUAUUUCACCGCUGCGCGGAAACUCCUCCAGCCAGCCGGUCGCACACCCGCGUCAGAGUGUUCAGCCGCUCGUGGGCUUGCCCUAGAGCGACGGAAAGCCCCAAAACCUGUUUUGAACAGCAGCAGCACAAGUUCAGCAGCAGCAGCAGCACAAAUUCAGCAGCAGCAGCAGUUCAAGUUCAGCAGCAGCAGCAGCUCAAGUUCAGCAGCAGCAGCAGCUCACAAGUUCAGCAGCAGCAGCUCACAAGUUCAAGUUCAGCAGCAGAAGCAGCUCAAGUUCAGCAGCAGCAGCAGCUCAAGUUCAGCAGCAGCAGCAGCUCACAAGUUCAGCAGCAGCAGCAGCUCACAAGUUCAGCAGCAGCAGCAGCUCGCAAGUUCAGCAGCAGCAGCAGCUCACAAGUUCAGUAGCAGCAGCAAUUCACAAGUUGAACAGCAGCAAUUCACAAGUUGA